GACGGAAUGCGCGCACUUGGGGUAGUAACUGAAUUUGAGUGUGACAGAGUGGCAAGUAGGCAAAACCGCUAGAUUUUGGAAAUUACAGAGCAGACUACCAAGACCCUCUCUAUCCUUGUCUACAUUAAUAUAUUCACUUUCGGGAUUUUUUUUCUUCGCAAAUUGAAUGCAGAAAUGCAGAGGAGGAUCUUGCUAUCUUUAAUCGACACAUUUUAAAACUCCUCGAAGAUCGAAACAAACACAUUUUGAAGUUUAUGAAUUAGAUGCAUUCACUGAAGGACAGUAGACCGCUUUCAAUCUGAUCAAAGCCACUGGAAUAUCGACGAAACAAAUUGGUUUAGGACAGACAACAGUGAUCACAUUUCACUUCUGUGACUCGAAGAUUCAAGGAGAUACAAACUAACGGGCGAACCUAAACUUCAACUCCAACCAAACACAAAAAAGCUCCGCUUCACCGGGAAUUCUAAGGAUGAGAGAAACAUCUGUAGCGAUCUAUUGCGCGCAAGUUGCCAUGACAUAACGGGAUAUCGGAAAGGCUUUAUAAUGAUGUAGUUGGUUUAUAACUGACAGGAGUUGCAGCCAACGAAAGAAGGAAAGAAGAAAGUGUCAGCACAGAGCAAGUGAGCCCUCGUCCUCGGAGUCCUCACGGUGGAGAAAUGGGAUGACAGGGCUCAGCUGACGUGACACUGAUUAGGACCAUGUUCGUGCCCAGCGUUGACAUCCCGCUGCCGGGGCGGCUUCUGCUGAUGCUGGUGUUGCUGUGUGUCUCUGAGUCCCGGCCAAACCCGCCCUGCCCUGGGCUCAUCACUAGCGGCUGUAGCUGCACCGAUGAUCGCACCAAAGCUCACUCCACUCCGGUCACCCGGAGAAGGGUCAGCUGCAGUAACAAGGAACUUUCUGAAACCCCCGAUGCCAGCCUCAUCCCGAACAGGACCGUCACUUUAAUCUUGAGCAACAAUCGAAUCCGCGUCCUGAGAAACGGCUCCUUCAACGGCCUCUACGCUCUGGAGAAACUGGACCUCAGGGACAACCUCAUCAGCACCGUCAUGCCAGGAGCCUUCCAGAGCCUGUCUGAGCUCCGCAAGCUAGACCUCUCCAACAACCGGAUCGGCUGCCUCACUGCCGACAUGUUCCAGAGCCUCAUCAACCUCACCAAACUAAACCUCACUGGCAACAUCAUAUCUACCUUGGACCAAGGAGUCUUCCAAGAGCUGCCUUAUCUCAAGCUUGUGAACUUCAACUCAGACUUCCUGUCAUGUGACUGUGGUCUGCGCUGGGUUCCGGGGUUCUUCCGCACUCGGCUGGGCGACGAGACUCUCUGUGCCUAUCCCAAGAGCCUCCAUGGGAAGCCGUUGCGUGGACUGAGGGAGAGUCAGCUGAACUGUGAUGGUCCCCUGGAACUCCACACCUUGUCCCUGCUCCCCUCCCAGCGCCAGGUUGUCUUCAGAGGGGACAGGCUGCCGUUUCACUGCACCGCCGCCCUGGUGGACAAGAUCAUCCUCCACUGGCGCCACAACGGCCAACCCGUGACCUCCGACCCCGAGACGGGCGUCCAGUUAGAGAGCAGCGCGCUGCACGACUGCACCUUCAUCACCAGCGAGCUUCUGCUCCAGAACGUGCACGUGGAAGCCAGCGGAGAGUGGGAGUGUGUGGUGGUGACCGGGCGGGGCAACACGUCUCGCAGCGUGGAGAUAGUGGUGCUGGAAAACAGCGCCUCCUUCUGUCCGGAGGAGAGGGUCACCAACAACAGGGGAGAGUUCAGAUGGCCGAGGACCCUGGCAGGCAUCACAUCCCACCAGUACUGUUUGCAGCUGCGGUACCCCUCCCUGUCCAUAGGGGGCAGUGUGGAGAAGAAGGCGUCGCGCUCCUGCGACCGCACAGGGAGCUGGGAGGAAGGGGACUACACCAACUGCCAUUACACCAAUGACAUCACGCGGGUCCUGCACACCUUUAUCCUGAUGCCCAUCAACGCCUCCAACGCGGUGACUCUGGCUCACCAGGUCCGCACCUACACCCUGGAAGCAGCCGGCUUUUCCGACUCCAUGGACGUUCUGUACGUCGCUCAGAUGAUGGAAAAGUUCAUGGAGUACGUCCGACAGCUCCGAGAGCUGUCGGAGGUGUUGGUGGAGAUGGGCAGCAACCUGAUGCAGGUGGACCGCCAGAUCCUGGCCGAUGCUCAGAGGGAGAAGGCAGCCUGCAGCUCUCUCGUCCGAUCCCUGGAGACCCUGGCCUGGCCCCAGCUCCACAGCCACUCCCAGGACCUCUCCAUGAUUUCCAGGAACAUCGUGAUGGAGGCGCACCUGAUCCGGCCCGCCCACUUCACCGGCAUGAGCUGCACGGCGUACCAGAGGCGGGAGCCAUCGCUGGGCGGCCUGGGGGCGGAGGGGGAGAGGGCGGAGCCUGGCCAGGAACAGCCGCUCCGCUUCCGCUGCACCACGGGGACCCACAACACCUCCCUCCACAGCUUCCCCCUCAAGAACGCGGUGGCGCUGGCCUCUGUGGCCCUCCCGGCCUCCCUGUUCCCCCCAGACGCCCCCUCGGACUGCAAGCUUCAGUUCGUGGCCUUCAGGAACGGCCGUUUCUUCCCCACCCCGUGGAACUCCAGCGGUCCCGGAGACCCCGCCGGUCAGCGCAGCGUCAACUCCCCGGUGGCCUACGUGGGCCUGGACGGCUGCAGCAUGUGGAACCACUCGGAGCCCGUGGUGGUGUCCCUGCGUCACACGUCCACAGGAAGUGACCCGGUUGCGGCCCACUGGAGCCAGCGUGCCCUGGAGCGGCCGGGGGGGUGGAGCCAGGAGGGCUGUCACCUGAUCCACAGCGACCGCACCACCUCCACGCUGCACUGCUCUCUCCUUAGCAACUACGCCAUCCUGCAGGUGCCUGACUUCCCCAACCCGACCCUGGUGCCGGUGAGGGUCCUCCACCCUGUGGUGUAUGCCUGCACCGCGGGACUGCUGCUGUGCCUCUUCACCAUCAUCCUCACACACAUCCUCCACCACAGCUCCAUACGCAUAUCCAGGAAGAGUUGGCACACGGUACUCAACACCUGCUUCCACGUCGCCAUGACAACGGCGGUGUACGCGGGGGGCAUCACUCUGACCGGCUACCCGGUGGUGUGCCAGGCGGUGGGCAUCGCCCUCCACUACUCGUCCCUGUCCAGCCUACUGUGGAUCGGGGUCAGUGCCCGGGUCCUCUACAAAGAGGCGGUGUGGAGAACGCCCCGGCAGAGCCAAGGAGAGUCCCCUGUUCCGCCCACGCAGCGGCCCAUGCUCAGGUUUUACUUGAUCGCCGGUGGAGUUCCUCUCAUCAUAUGUGGGAUUACAGCAGCUGUCAAUGUCAAUAACUAUGGAGACAACAGCCCUUACUGCUGGCUGGUGUGGCGGCCCAGUUUAGGGGCCUUCUUUGUCCCGGCGGGCUUGGCGGUACUGGUGACUUGGAUCUACUUCCUGUGCACUGUCUUUUGUCUGAGGCGCCGGGUGGCCAAAGAGUGCCCAGGGGCCCCCCCCCUGCCCCCCCCUGCGCCCGAGAGUCAGCCCGCCCUGGGAGGCAGCACCAGCCUCCUGUCCACCGACUCCGCGGUGGUGGUUACCGUAAGCCCGGGGAUGGCCCAGGAAGACCACUACUCCCUGAAGACGCAGUUCCUGGUUCUGGUGGCCACCCACUUCCUGUUCUUGGUCAUGUGGAGCUGUGGAGCCAUGGCCAUGUGGCUGGUGGGGCUGCGCGGCCUGCUGUUCAGCUGUCUGUAUGGGGUGGCUGCCGUCGUGUUGGGGGUCUUCCUGGUGGCCCACCACUGCUUCCGACGCCUGGACGUGCAGGCUGUCUGGCUGGCCUGUUGCCCGGGUUACCGCCGCUCCCAGCCCAUGCAGAACUACAUCCACACCUGCUCCACUGUGAACGGGGUGCAGACGUCCGAGCAGGGAUCCCAGCUUUUCAUUGGUUGCCACCCCCCGGGCGACCCUCAUAGCUCCUCCUCCGCCAGGUCAUCCUCCACCCCCAGUGGGAUCAGCAGCAUCGGCCCGGGGCCUUGCAAGCUCACCAACCUGCUGCAGGUGACCCAAGACAAUACCAACCACGUCCACGCCCCACGCGCCCCCGCAGGCACCAACACCAGCGCCAACACGGACAACAGCAAGCCAGCCAAUAACGUCCUGCCCACCAUAAGCUCAGUAGCCCCUGGGCAGCCUCAGAGGAGGAAGGUCAGUGGCAGAACUAAGCAAGGCGGCAGCCAGUACCACCAUCGAGGUGAGGGUAGGGGUCACUAUCGUCUGAAGGCUCUGCGGGCCGCGGGGGGCGGGGGCAGCAUGGGGGCUCUGGGCCCCACUGGGACGGAGCACCACCUCUCGGCACACCCAGCACCCAAACAGGCCACGAGUGAGAACGGCAGCGUCCACCACCACAGCCUCUCCGAGAGCCAGGGCAGCCCGCUGACCAACGGGAGGCGAGUGGGUGAGGCGCUGGCCACCAGCCCCUCAGAGGGAAGCGACGGAGGAAGCAGCGGCAGCCGCAAGCCGUUCCCCCUGCUGCCCUCCGUGGCCACCAGGGCGGCCAUGCAGGGCGCCCAGAGGCGCAGCGCCAGCCGGGACAAUCUGAGACUGGCGGCGGCCGUCGAGCGUGAAUCCAAGCGCAGCUCCUUCCCGCUCAACAGCAUCACCGCCGCCGCCACCGUGCCUGGAGCGGCCACCAACGGGGCCCUCAAGAGCUCCACGCUAGAGUUGGAGCAGGACACCAGCGGCACCGACCACUCCCAGAACUCUGUAGGCAUGAAAAGCGGUUUGUGGAAGAGCGAAACCACAGUAUGACCCUUGAGAGUGGACCCAGGCAUGUGUUUGGUAGGAUAUGGUUAUGAUUGAAUGGUAUGUUAUGUUAAACCUGAUCAGCCAAGAUGGUAAAGAUUAUAAAGGAAGCCAGGAACUUAAUCUGGCACUCUCGUGUAGGCGUUGGGUUUGCUGUAAAAUGCUAAACAUGGCUUGUCAAAGGCUAUUAAUUUUGCUUAUUUCAAAACCAAAACAGUCUUUAACUUCGAUUUAUACUACAUUUCACAGGAAUCAAAGUCUAAAAUUGACAUAAAAUGUUGAUUGUUCUGAGACAUUAAACUGAAAUGCAUUAUUUCAUUUCUUCUAUUAUUCUAUGCAUAUUGACUAUAGCACGAAAUGGAAUCCAAGAUUGUUCAUUUUCACAUUAUAGGCGUAUGCAUUUCCUUUUGUGGAGUGUUCUGCUCUUAAGAUCUUAAGUUGUUUUUUUGGCAUGUAGUUGUGUAUGCACUUGUUUAUAUUUGCUUGUGUUUGGGUGUGUUUGUGUGUAUGUGUGUACGUACGCGUGUGUGAGAGUAUGCAUUUGUGUGUGUGUGUGUGUGUGUGUUCAUGUAGGUGUUCGUUUGUCCAAAAAGCUAGAAAGAGAGAAUAUGCAUUUGAAUAUGUUACCUUUUUUACUUCAAUGUAUUGUGAUAUGCGCAUUAGCACUGAGUUCUUCCCCCUGCCUUAUACAAAGUACAAAAUAAGCAAGACCAUUAUCUGAGCAAAUGAACAACAAAAAAAUGUUUAUUUCACUCAAUUACUAUCACGUUGUAACAACUCUUUUUUUUUUUUACUGUGAACAGCAUUUUCUCGUUUGGGCUCAAUAUAUACCAGUUGUAGACUUUGUAACAGACUUUUCAAUAUUAAUUUCCAUGGUGUUUCUCCUGUUUUGCUCUGAAUUCUCAUUCAUGCUUUGAUGAAAAUACACUGCCCUCUGCUGGAUUACAAACAAACUGCCCAUGCACUGAUGCAAACAGGAAUCCCAUAGUUUGUCAUCUCCUACAGGGAGAAAAACACACAGAAAUUGUGUAUACAGUGUGCCUCUAGAUAUAUCAUAUGCGAUAGGUAGAAAAUAACAUACAGCAUCCCCAACACAAUGAGUUCAGAAAAGGUUGCUCAAGACCUUAUCAUGAAUUGUCUAUAUUUAUACGCAGUGAAAAGAGUUUUGUGUUCAGUUUUUUUUUUCAGAAGCUCACGACAGACUCUCAUGUCGAUAUCACAUGGUAAAUUUUCUUGGAGCAUUUUAUGCAUUUCUGUCGAUCAGCGUGACCAUGCUAUUGCUUGUACCCGCAUGGUGCCCGCUUACACAUUCAGAUGUCUCAAUGUGAUUAGCAUGACCAUGCAAUCGUUUGCACGUCCGCUUACACAUUCAGAUGUGUCAAUGUGCCAGUCGCUCAGAUGUGUUCAGGGAAAUGUUUGUGCCAAAGAAUUGUGGUGAAUAGUAUGAACAACAUAAGCUUUAAUGUUUAGGAAUCAGACUGAACAUGGUAGUGUUUAUUAUGCAUCCUCACCUGAGAUCUCCUAAAGGACCAUUAAAACAAUUGAUGUUCCAUAUUUCCUAUUGUCUAACAAAAGGAAGGACAUGAUGAAAUAUUAAAUGGCCUAACUUAUAGUUACAGUGGCAGCCAGGCCACAGGAUAAUGAGGGUUAAGAUUCCAUCUACGCAAAUACCCUCUCGCUUAAAUGUCACUAAAACUGACUCACUGUCACUGGUGGGUGUGAUCCUGAAAUUAGCUGACUGGGCGUCAAAGAUAUCUGUUGAAAGGAUCUAGGAAUGUCUCGUAGACAUACAGUAUGUACGGCAAUGUGUUUUGAUGCAGGUUAUUUCAGUGUAAAAAUACACUCAUCCCAAUUGGUCCCUUAAUGAAGAAUUUUCUGUUCUUAACUCUCAUCUCGUUAUGAAAAAGGGAGAUUUCAAAAUGUGUGCAUAUAUUUAUAUUUUCAUUUGUCAAAAUGGCUCCAUUAAAUGUUUGUUACAAACUGUUUUAAUUCAGUAAUAUAUUGUUCAAAAAACUCAGACUGUGCCUUACAACAAAAAAAUAUUCGAUGCAAAAUAAACAAGAAAAGAAAGUG